UAAUUUGUUUAUAUCUUACCAAUGAGUACUUUUCUCGAGGGUUUUUAAGUCAUGAAAAACAGUGUCCAAGCAUGAUGACCAAUAGAAGCUAUCCAGAUGGUUGCUUGCAUUAGUUGCAAUCAUAUGUUAUAUGGCCUAGUCUCUAAGCAAGACUUUAUUUCAAAAAUCUGCACGUCUUUUCCAAAGUUAUUGAGAAAAUAGCUUAAUAUCUCAUUAUUUGUUAUAGAAAGUUUGAAAGCGUCCAUUACUGUUAUUAAUAGUCUUUUGGAAGCAGCACAAGCCCAGGAACUUGAUGUAGAGGAGAAGAGUCUUUUGUAUUUCAGCAAGCUUAUGUACCAGAAGCAUAGUCAAGAAAGCUUAGCUAGAGAAGAGUCAAAGAUAGAAGAAUAUAAAAUUGAAGCUGAGAGUAGACUAGAAGAUUCAAACUUCCCCUUCCUUAACAAAGAAAACUGACAACACAUUGAAGGAGAUGAGUCAUACUUGCAAGAUAUCUCAAGAAAUGAAGAAUCAAAGGCUUAUGAGGAUGAAUGUAAGAUAUGCCUUAUGGGUAUUGAAAGUGAGAAAGCUUACUGUAUUAGCCAAUGAGGACAUUCUUUUCACCAAGAUUGCAUUUUAAUGCACCUAACAACCUCUAUCGACCAGAGCAAGAUUCCUAUCAAGUGUCCUAUUGAAGAUUGUGAGUUAGAUCUUGGAAUGGAUACUUUCAAAGAUCUUCUUGAUGAAAGUUAUUUAAAAAGGUUCGAACUAUUCUCACUAAAGCUCUGAAUCCAGAAGGAAGGUAACUUCCUAAAUUGUCCUAAUAAAGACUGUGAAUAUGUGUUCUGUCUAGAAAAGGAAGACCAUAGAGGCUACUUCCAGUGCCCAAUGUGUUUCGAAGAGUACUGCAUUGGGUGAGAUACCAAGUGGCAUCCUGAAUUUUCGUGUGAGAAAAACCAAGAAAUUAAUGGAAAUGAACCUCUUGAGGCUAACGACCAGAAAGCGAUAGAUUACGCACUGAAAGAGAACAUGAAGAGAUGUCCCGCUUGCAAGUUCUGGGUCUCCAAGAUCGAGGGCUGCAACGCCAUGACUUGUAGAUGAGGAGCUUCUUUCUGUUACCACUGCGGAGAGCAAUCUGAGGAUGCGCACAAGUGCCAAUGUGAAGGAGGCUAUGGAAGGAGGAAUAGGUCUUUCGAGAGACCAAUAAGUGACUCAGAGGAAGAUAAAUAUGAAGAAUCUGAAGAAGAAAGAUUUAGGGCUUUUAAUGAUACGAGGAUCGACUUUAGUCCCUUUAGAGAAAUGGAUAUGGGUAAAAUGUAUGCAGGGAUGCAAAAUCCACCAAGAUUUAAUCCUUACGGAGAAACAUACGAAAAUGAGAGUUUGUAAAUGA